UCCAAUUUCUUCAUCUUGGACUUUAAAAAAAAUUCUCAUACAUCUGACUUGCGAGUUGUUAUAUUGGAAUCUUCUUCAGUUGCUAAAGGAAUUGAAGAAAUAUCUGAGAAAUUAUUGUCAUUUUCAUUUGAAAUUACGCCAAACAUUAUUCGACAAGUGGAUGAGAUAAUGAGUGAAACAACAGAAGAAUAUUAUUGUCUAGAGGAUAAUAAUUGGCAAUACCAGUACAAUGCAAUUCAG